UUCCUCUCCCGAUCCCAUUUUCUCUCUCUGGCGACUUCUAGGGCUACAGGCCGCCGGCCGCUGGCCGUCGGCAACACGCACGGCUUCCUCGACGAGUGUUGGCUGCCAGUGUUCCACGUGUGAUCGUCUUCAGCACGCUCUCCAUCGACGACGAGUGAAGCAGCAACCAUCAAAGAUCGAGUAACAUCUUUCAUUCGUUGCACAGUGAAACAGCAACCAUCAAAGAUUGGGGAACAUCCUUGAUUCGUGGCACACUUGCACAGGAAAAAUGUCAACUGCUGUCCCAACCGAAAGUAGUAAGCCUAAGAGGAGGAAUGCUCGUGGGAAUCGGACUGACCCUGGCUGGGAGCAUGGAGAAGAAGUUGAUGCUGAGAAGAGGACAACAAGAUGCAAAUAUUGCCUUCUAGUUAAAGGUGGAGGUGUCUACAGACUGAAGCAUCACUUGGCUGGGACAAGGUUUAAUGUCGAGCCUUGCGAAAAAGUUCCCGAUGAUGUUCGAAAAAAGUUUCUCAAACUUCUGGGGGUCCAAGCAGAGAAGAAUGAUGCAAAGAAGAGGAAGUUUAACACAGAAAUGGAGGAGACGGGUGCAUGUUUGAAGGAGAAUACUCCUGCUGAUAACAAUGAAGAUGAGGCUGCGACAAAUCGUUUCGCUAACAAGCGCAGAGCCCAAAUAACGGUGAAUCAGUUUUACAAGAAAGAAGAGAGAGAAGAGGUUUGUGCUCAAAUUUGUCGGGUCUUCUAUACCAAUUCUAUCUCAUUUAAUGUUGUCAAGGACCCAGAAUUUAUAAAGAUGGUUGAAAUGAUUGGAAACUUUGGUAAAGGUUUUAAACCUCCAUCAUAUCAUGAAGUGAGGGUAAAAUUUCUCAAGCUGGAAGUUAAGAGAACAAUGAAUUUGCUCUCUGAACACAAAGAAGAGUGGAAAAAGACAGGAUGUACAAUUAUGUCUGAUGGAUGGACAGAUAAAAAGAAAAGGUCCAUCUGCAACUUUUUAGUGAAUAGCCCCAAAGGUACUGUCUUUCUCGCCUCAGUCGAUACUUCUGACAUUUCCAAGACAGCGGACAAAGUGUUUGAAAUGUUAGAUGAUAUUGUUGAGCAAGUAGGAGAAGAUAAUGUUGUUCAAAUUGUAACGGACAAUGCCGCUAACUAUAAAGCAGCUGGUGAGCUAUUGAUGGAAAAGAGGAAAAAAUUAUUUUGGACUCCAUGUGCAGCUCAUUGUAUUGAUUUAAUUCUUGAGGAUUUUGAAAAGAAAAUUAAGAUGCAUCAGACAACCAUUACAAAGGGCAGAAAAAUCACCACGUAUAUUUAUUCUAGAACAAUGGUUCUUUCUUGGUUGAGAGAGUUCACUGGAGGGAAGGAUUUAGUUAGGCCAGCAGUGACAAGAUUUGCUACUGCCUAUUUGACUUUGGGUUGUCUGCAUGAGCACAAGGGCGCAUUAAUCAAUAUGUUCACUUCAACAAAGUGGAGGGGUAGUAGAUUUAAUUCUGCAGAAGGGAAGGUCGUUCAAGGAAUUGUUUUGGAUAGCCGUGGGUUUUGGCCUAAUGUUGCCACAUGUCUGAAGUCUGCACUCCCAAUUAUAAAAGUUCUUCGAUUGGUGGAUUCAGAUGAGAAGCCAGCAAUGUCGUUCAUCUAUGAUGAGAUGGAUCGUGCAAAAGAUAAAAUAAAGCAAAAUUUUAACAAUGUGAAGAAAAGCUACAAUCCAAUAUUUAAUAUAAUUGAUGAGAGAUGGCGUACACAACUUCAUAGGCCUUUGCAUGCUGCUGCAUAUUAUUUGAAUCCACAAUGCCACUAUAGUGAUAAUUUCAAGCCGGCUGAAGUAAAACGUGGCCUGUACACUUGUCUUGAAAAGAUGGUUCCAGAUUUAGAUGAAAGAGUCAAGAUAGAUCUGCAGAUUGAUUCAUUUAGGAGUGCCAAGGGCCUAUUUGGAAUGCAAUCGGCUAUUAUGACAAGAACAAAAAAAAGGCAGCUGAUUGGUGGGAUUCGUAUGGAGAUGAUUGCCCUGAGUUGCAGAGGUUUGCAAUCAGAGUACUGAGCUUAACUUGUAGUUCGUCAGGUUGUGAGCGGAACUGGAGUACAUUUGAGCAAGUUCACUCAAAGAAAAGAAAUCGUCUGCACGAAGAUAGGAUGAAUGAUUUAGUUUUUGUCAUGUACAAUUCCAAACUGAUGAGCAGACAACGCAGAAGGCAAAGACAGGUUGUGGAAUAUGAUAUUGAUGAUGUCUCUUCUGAUGAUGAAUGGAUAACUGAAAAAGAAGAGCCUGUCCUUCCUCCACAAAAGGAAUGGAUCCGUUCUCUUGAGAGGAUUGCUCAUAACGAAGCUGCUAUGGACAAAGAAAAUGAAAGUAACAUUGAAAAUGAUGUAGAAAAUAUUGUCAACAGCCUGGCUGAAACACAUAUGAAAAGUUCUUUUGAUGAAGCAAGUUUAUUAUUCUUCCAUGUUCCUUUUACAUAGUUACUGACUAUUAUUUUGGAUUUUUCAUAGGUGAUGGUGAUCUCGGGAUGGAUCAAGAUCUUGAUGCACCUACUUAUGAAGAUGCUGAUGGUGAAAACAACAAUACCAGCGAGCAAAAUGUUCUUGAUGGCAACAAUUCAGGACCUUCCUCGUACUGUGUUGGGAGUUCUAGUGGUACAAUACCACCUAUGAAUGAGGACGAUGAUAUCAACUUAGACGACUUGUACUGAUUAAGUUGGCUUCUAUUUCUAGUUGGUUAAAAUCUUUGUGCUUGUCGAAAAUUUGGAUUGGAUGCCCUUUGUUUGCUUUUGGACAUGUCAGUAUGCCACUUUUAAUUUGAGGUUCAGAAUAUUUUGAUAUUUAUU